AUGAAGACUAUAUUGGACACUGUGGACGAAGACGCUGUCAUGGGAGGUGUUACAACCCUGGAACAGGAUGCACAUGCACCCAUGGUAGCGUCUGAAGGUCUGGGAGAUGCGUCGGCACUACCUGCGGACGUAAAGGACGAUACGCGAAAGGUUAGACAAUUAGAUGGGCACAUGAUUUACAAAACGGUAUUAUUUAUGGACUACCGUCGACUCAGACGCCGAUUUAAUGGUAUAAGGCAGCCUAUAUCAUACAAAAAGGCUAUAUUCAUUUCUCUGUUUUGUGUUUGUUUGGCGCUUGUACCUUUCGGAUACUUCAAGCAGGAGCAUGAUAAAUAUCUGUUUGGGCUGGAAAUAGAGCGUGGAGUGAUUUCGUACACGUCAUCACUGCUUUUUGUCUUUGCCUCUUUUUUGUUGGCAAGGAUACAGCUUUCUAUACCAUUUAAAUGGCCUGUCGUCAUAUCCUAUCUUUUUAUGUUUGCCACUCUUGUUACCAUGCUCGUAUUGAAGCACGUAAUCAGCCUUGGUAGUUUUGUAUGGGUGUCCCUUGCGGUAUAUACCGUUCUGCAAAUCACGCUUGUUGUGGGUACCAAGAUAGUCAUAUGGCUUGGACCGCUUCUGGCGCUCAAUGGCUGGUUUUUUCCCUGUACGGAACAUCUCCACCUUUUUGAGAGGAUAAAAAAAGGAAGUGAUCUCAAUAUUACCAUAUCCAGGUAUAAUGAUUAUUCAAUUAUGUGUGGAGCGAAUGGUUGUGGUUUGUGUACGUGUAUUUACAGGGUGACGUAUCGUUUGCUGGCGUGGUUGAUUAAGAAGGUUGUUGCAACGGAUGGCGUCACGAAUUGUAAGACGCCUUUCUCACAUCAAAUGAGAUACCGGGGUGAAGUCGACGAAAACGAACUUCCCCAUGGAUACGGCGAAUGGUUAGAGGAUGAUGGAUGUGGUGAAAGGCUGCAGGGUUAUUGGUGGCACGGCUAUCCCAUUGGGCCAUUCAGUUCACAGGAAUUAGGAUCGGGAUCGAUAUUCACGAACACCAGGGUAGCGUUCAUUACUGAUACGAGAAGGCUUAGUGGUAAGGUUAGGUACGGUAUUUCAUCUACCGAAUGUUCCAUAUCAGGAAACUUUUUCAGGGAGUUCCCAUUGACAUAUUUCUUCAAUCCAUUGUACAAUGAUAGAGUCACUCACAAUACAGGAGGGUUGUACAAACGAUGUAGAUUUUUCAAUGUCUUACACGAUAGAUUUGCUGAUCUGCAAGGGGCGUCCUUCAAAUGGUGUGUUCGAAUGUUGAGGUCGCAAUUCUUUCUCAAUAUGCCCACCAAUGCUUCCGCCAUAACUGUGUACGUGGACAAUAUAUCCAAAUCACUUCGUUUGGAUGGAUAUAAGAGGACCGAUGGCGCUUCUGCUGUUUGUGAUGAGAUCACCAUUAAACUGGCCUCACACAAGGAUGAUGAUGCUAUAAAGCAUCCCGUCGAAGUUUAUGAAAACAGUCAUACACAUCGUUUGUACAGUGGUUUGAAUGUUGAAAAUGUUUCAGGACAAUCAACUGAUGAUGGUGAACAUAAUGAAGGAAAUCAGUCGAAAACAGAAACUGAACCCACUGAGCUCCCAAGAAUGAUGCCAAAACGGGGUUUGUUGAGUGCGCCGCGUUCCACCCAAGGCAAGGAUGGGAUUUCCCAUUUGUUCUUAGAUGAAGACGAUUGGGAAGAUCAGGUUAACUCCACUGUGCCUCAGAUGAUGGUUAAGAACUGGGCACCGAUAAGAUCGUUUGGUAAGAUGGGAUGUAUUGCGGAUCAGGCGGUGGUCUACAUUCAUGGUUAUAAUGUAACUCUUCAGGAGGCCUGUUCGCAGAUGGCCCAUAUUGUAGCCUUCUCCAAACUUCCGCCUUACGUUUUGCCCUUUGUUUUUAACUGGGAUGGUCAGCAUUGGGGUCCCUUAGGUGCCAUUGCCUAUCCUAAGGCUAAAAAUAUCUCGCAGCAUCCAGGACUUGAAGAGUCAUUUUGUGAGCUCUUGAGUGAGCUUUUGGGUAUGGGCAUUACACAUUUACACAUUAUUGCUCAUUCUUGUGGUGCCAGGGUUUUCUUUAAAGUAUUCAGGGCGGCGAUACGUAAGGGUCUGGUAACGCCGAUUUUGGGGAAAGAUAGACGUACUCAAUCUGCAGUCGACGAUGGAGCUAAGUCUCAGAAUGAUAUAAGCGUUGGCUCUAUUCGUAUGGAUACGUUGUUGCUUCUAAAUCCAGAUUUCCCCAUGGAGCAGUUCAGGGAUAAUGAUUACUUUGUAGUGCGAAGUUACUGUGAUCAUAUUGUGAUGUACGCUGACACUAGAGAUCAUUGUCUUUUUAUAUCUCAGCUUUACAACUCUGAGAGCUCGUUGGGUAUGUCUGUUUUUUCAAUGUGUACCACUCCAGAGUUGCUGGAUGAUGUUAUCCCUGUAUUGGAGGCAUCAGGACUUGGGUUGUCGUUUGAUGAUUCUGACGGUGUUACCGGUUUGUCCUAUGUAUCCCGAUACACCAUGUACAAAGCUAAAAUAACAAUGCCAAGACAGAGCCAUCUUGUUGGUGGGUCAUUUGCCAUUGAUAUGUCAACUGGGCAAGUAUCCAGCAAAGUAAAGAGGGAUACAAUGCACAACUCCAUAAUAUCGCCUACUCCUGCAAAUGCGGCCUUUAGUGUGUCUCCUCAAUCGUCAGACGGCGUUGAUUCGUAUCGACUUCCAAGAUUAAGUGAAGAUCUCGGAGUAGAAAACAGACAUCUUUGGUUGGAUAUGGAUGUCAUAGACACCACCAUGAUAGACACAAAUGUCGACUUUCUCAAACAUUCGCUCUAUCAGAUGAAGCGCGAAAUCAUGGACGACAUGAGGGAGGUUAUAUUGAUGAAAAUACGUGCCGACCAACGCCAGACCAGGUUGGACAGAAGGAGGGGCAAUGUUUUCGUGUUUAGAGUCGCACCAGCAGCGGUUAACCAUUUGUUUGGUGGGCGUUAG